AUGACACGUCAUCGUAAGCACACAAAACACGUCCGGUCCGGCUGCCGGACGUGCAAGAUCCGCCGCGUCAAGUGUGACGAGCAACAGCCGGCGUGUCGCAGGUGCCUCAGCUCAGGACGAGUCUGCGAUGGCUAUGGCAUCUGGAGCGAGACCAAACGGGUUCCCGCUCUGGAAAUCCAGCAGAAUCAGGGCGCACUGGUUAACCACCCCGAUGCACUGCCCGACCUUGGCCAUGAGGAAAAGCGUCAACUAGAUCGUUUCCGGAACACAUUGAGCGACAAGUUGGCGCAACCUUUCGGAUCCCAUUUCUGGAAAUCGCUCGUUCUUCAACUGUCGCAGUCAGAGCCUGCUGUCUUACACGCAUCGCUUGCCCUCACCUCGGCCUACGAGCGGUUCGUCCAAGACCAAGGGCAGCCAGACUUCUCCAGCGUCAGUGCAAGCGGACUGUUCUCACUCCGACAAUACAACCAUGCCAUUAGAGCUUUGGUUUGCAAUAAUUUGCUGGACACUGCUUUGUCGCUUCGCAUAGCCAUCGUCUCUUGCGUCUUGUUUGUUUGCUUGGAGAUUCUGCGAGGCGACGUGAAUGCCAUGCACGCCCAUUUUGCCGCUGGGAUUAAGCUGCUACGCCAGCUGCAGCAUCUAGAGCAGCGCUUGCCAACGUCCAAAAGCGUCAUCAUGGUGAAGGAUGACCCCGAUGCUUUUGACGACCAUCUCGUGGAGAUAUUCGCGCGGCUAAACAUGCAGUUCCUGAUGCUCGGCCACGGACCGCAGGUAAAAGAGACAUUCUCUCCUGCAUUUCAGUACGGAAUUCAUCUCCAUAUACCUCGGUGUUUCUACAGUGUCCAUCAAGCUCGGCAGUCAGCUAACCCUAUACUACUCUCCACUAUUCACUUUGUAAUGGAAACGGAACAAUUGUCUUUCGCGAGUAACGUGCACCCGAUAUCACCUAGCGCAGAGAUGCUUGAAAAGCGCAGAGCCCUUCAAGGAGACGUUGCAGAGUGGAUUACCGGCUACGAGAGCUCAAUUAACUCACAUCUUGCAUCGAUUUCAUGGAAUGAAAGCCUUGGUCUCAUAACGCUCCGAGUCUACGCUGAAAUGUCCACGAUUCUCCUGGAUACUUGCUUCUCAACUAAGGAGACUGCGUACGAUCCUCAUCUCUCAAGUUUCAAGUGGAUUAUCGAACGUUACCGUGAGUUCCACAAGGCACUUCAGACUCAACACUGCACAGCACCACCGUACUUCACCAUAGAUCUGUCCUUGUUUCCACCGCUGUAUUUCACAGCCCUGAAAUGCCGUGAUUGGAGAACGCGACAUGAGGCGCUUGCAAUCCUUGGGCAAUACCACCAUAUGGAGGGCCCAUGGACGGGAGCCAUGCUUGCCAUCGUUGCAGGACACGCGGUCAGGCUCGAAGAGAAGCAUUUUGAAGGAGCAUUACAAUCAUCCGCAGCGACAUCAAAUCCAGCGGCACCAACAUCACCGUCUACCGGACCUAGCUUGGUCCUUCCUGAGUUCGCUCGCAUCCACUGCGUCGACUGCAAACUCCCAGCCCGCCGUGCACAAGAGUCAUGCAUUGCUUCUCUCACGCUGAAGCGGUUCCGGCAUGAGUUGGGUAAGACUGGAGGCUGGGAAGUCAACAAGUGCAGUAUUGAUCUUACCAGUCGACCCCAGACUGCACUGUUUGUAGUGUGA